CCCCGGGAGCAGAAGCAGUUUGUCGUCACGGUCACUGUUGAUCGGCAGCAGUUCACUGUGACUUGAUCAGAUCGGUCCUGUGGAUUACCUGCUAAGCAGCGUCAUCAUGGCCUCUGCCACCUCCACCCCCUUCCCCACCAGCGGCCGCUCCAGCCGCAACGCAUCCCGCCGCAGCGCAGCCGCCGGCCUGUCCGCUUCCAGCACCAGCCCGUCCCGCCUGUCCCGCAUCCAUGAGAAAGAUGAGCUUCGACAACUCAACGACCGCCUCGCCAACUACAUCCAGCGGGUCCAGGAGCUGGAAAGCGAGCGCUCCUCCAUGCUGGGUCAGCUGGAGGAGAAGGACGAGUCGACUAGACGGGAGAUGGGCAACGUGCGGCGGCUUUACGAGCAGGAGUUGGCUGAUGUCAGAAGCUCGCUGGACGGCCUGGCCGGGGAGAGGGCCCGUCUGCAGAUCGACUACGGGAACCUGCGCGAGGACAACAGGAAACUUCAGGCCAGGAACCAGAAGAAGGAGGGGGAUCUGGCGAAUGCUUUGGCCCAGUGGAGGAGACUUGAGGCCACGCUGAGCUCCAAGGAUGCUGAAUGCACAAAGCUGCUCUCUGAGCACAAGAGACUCCAGGACGACUUUACUGACCUGCAGGGCCAGCUGGAAAAUGUAGAGGGUGACAUGUCGGAGACCAAGAACCAGCUGAACUCACAGAUCCUGAGAAGGGUGGAGCUGGAGAACCAGGUGCAGACACUCAAAGAGCAGCUAGAACUCCAGGGGAAUGUCAGUGAGCAGGAGGUCUUGGAGAUCCGAAGCCGGUACGAGAGCCGCUUGGUGGAGAUGGACACGGGAAGACAGAAAGACUUUGAGAGUAAACUGUCUGAAACAAUGCAGCAUCUUCGCCAGGACUAUAACGUUCAGCUUCAGCAGUAUAAAGCAGACCUCGACAAGACCUUCAGUUCAAAGUUAGAGAAUGCCCAGCAGGCUGCACUGGAGAAAAACGAUGUUAUGUCAACCACCAAAGACGAACUAGUCAGCACAAGGCUCAGAAUAGAGAGCCUCAGCCUCCAACUCCAGCAGUACCAGAAAGAUAAAAUGGAGCUGGAGAUCCACUCUCAGGGGCUGGAGAGGACUUUGGACAGGGAGAGGGAGGUCUGGCAGCAGAAACUGUGUGAGAAGGAGCAGGAGCUGCUGGACAUGAGGAGUCAGAUGAACAGCAAGCUGGAAGACUACGAGAACCUGCUUGACAUCAAGCUCGCUCUAGACAUGGAGAUCAAUGCUUACAGGAAGAUGCUUGAAGUGGAGGAGCAGAGAUUGCAGCUGUCACCUAGCCCCUCCCAGCACUCGGCCAUUCCUCGAACCCAUGAACACAGCAGCCGCAAACUCAGAGGGAAAAAACGAAAACACGAGGGAGCCUCUGGCAACUCGCCUGCCUACAAAAUGUCCGGUCGAUCAACAAACCAUGGUCCUGUGAGCGUGGUAGAAGUUGACAUGGAUGGAAAAUAUGUCAGAUUGAAGAACAACAGUGACACAGGGCAGCCACUGGGGGGUUGGGUCGUUCGGAGGAUUUAUCCACUCUCUGAAGACAUUUCCUUCCACAUCCCCUCCUCCUGUGUCCUGGCUGGCUGGCAGAUACUCACAAUCUGGGCAGCAGGAGCCGAAACGGAGGCUGACUCUGGGGACCUGGUUCUGCAGGGCCACAGGAGCUGGGGCCCCAUUUCUGAUGUAAGGGUGGUCCUCCUGAACCCAAACCAUGAGGAGAUGUCUGAGCGCAGGGUGUGGAUGACGAGCAGAGGGGACGAGGAAAAGGAGCUGGAGUUUGAAGAAUUUGUCGCAGGCAGUGACAUCCAGCAUUUUCAGAGAAAGCCAAAGAAAAAGAAGUGUUGUUCUGUGUCUUGAAUGCAGAGAAGACAGUAGGAUCUAUCUAAUGAGACAAACUGCGCUGUCAUGUGAUUGUAUCCACUUCCUGCUCUCCUUCACAUCUGCCUGGAAAACUCUGGAUCGGCUCAGGCCUCUACACUCCAGAACGCAUGUCUGAGUGGUGUUACUGUUGUUCAAUGCAGAGCGUCACUUUGACAAAGUACAGUAUGAUGUUUUAGUUUGACUGUGAAGAGGCCUUACAGUAACCGUAUCAACCUCAAUAAUCCUUACUUGUUCCCUCUUUUAACCUCUCUAGCUGCACAAGGUAUGAGUUUUGCCUUGAUUUGAUUUUAAAUGAACGUGUGUAUUUGAAAUAAUAAAUAUUGUGUUUAUAAUAAGGGUUAGGAUCAUAAAUGCAGAGAAAGCUCAUGACAACGCACAGGAAGAAACGUUUGUGUGUGUGUAUUGAGCUGAGGAGCUAUGAUUAAUAUAUUGUUAAGACACAUGGAGCAAGAUGGAAUCAUGUAGUGUGUAACAAGACAACUUAAAAGCUGUACGGUUCAGAUAUCAUGCACCCAAUAAAAGCAUUGAACAAAAAGG